AUGUCUUCAUAUAAUAGAGUAAAAAAACAUCGCCAAUUGAAACGUUCCGCUGUUGAAGAAUCAGUAGUAUCAAGUAAUGAAUCAGGCAUUGUUGAACCAUAUCCAAAUAUGCCAAUAGAAAAUCCAGAUUCUUCGACAUAUGUAUUUUUUAAAGAUGAUGUUGAUGAUCACUUGACCGAUUCCUCUUUUGAGAAUACUAACCAAUCACCAAAUUAUGACGAAUGUUCUGUGUCUUCUCUGUCAUUAGAAGAAUCAUCUAACUCAGAUGGAGCCUCUUGUCAAGGAGGUGACAGUCAAAAUAUAAAUGCUACAGUCACUACUUUCCGUGACAGAUUGCAAGGUUGGGCUGUGAAGUUUAGAAAUAACCUUACAGUUGAAGCAAUAGAUGGCUUAUUAGAGGUGUUACGGACUGAUCAUUUUUAUAGCUUACCAAAAUCAUCAGUUGGUUUAUUAAAAACAAAAUCAAAUAAAAACAUUAAGAUUAUGAUUAGUUCAAAGAACACUAACUGCUCUUAUGUGUACUUUGGUGUUGAAGAAAGUUUGAAAGAAAUAAUAACUGAUGAAUAUCUAGAUGACAGUAUACGUUUAUUAUUUAACGUGGAUGGUUUGCCAUUGUUUAAUAAUUCAAAUGAACAGUUCUGGCCUAUUUUGGGUCUUAUCAUACAUAGUGAAUACGAAUCAAAACCAUUUAUUGUGUCUGUUUACAGUGUUGAUGCUAAACCAAAAAGUGUAAAUGAGUUUUUUGAAGAUUUUGUUGAAGAAAUAAAAAUGUUGGUUCAGAAUGGAGUGACGAUUGAAACUCGUAUAUUCAAAGUAGACAUUAUUGGAUUUACUUGUGAUACACCUGCAAGAUCAUUUCUUAAGCAGUGUAAAGGUCAUGGAGGCUUUUAUGCUUGCGAGCGAUGUGAAAUUAAAGGCAAGACUAAAAACAAAAGGAGAGUAUAUCCCAGUGUAAAUUCUAAACGACGCACUAAAAAAAGUUUUAUUAAACAACGACAAGCUGAACACCAUCUGGGAGAAAGAUCACCUUUAUUAAGUAUACCACACUUUGACCCUGUAAAAUCAGUAUUCUUAGAUUCAAUGCAUUUGCUAUACUUGGGAGUAAUGAAAUGGAUAUUACAUAAACUGCUCGGGACAAAAAGAGUUGAUCGUAGAUGCAAAAUUUCUCGUCCAAAAAAAAUUCUUUUAAAUUCUACCUUAAAAAUAUUUACUAGAUUUGUGCCUAAAGAGUUUCAAAGAAAAAAGUUUGAAUUAGAUGCGCUAAGUAACUGGAAGGCAACACAGUUUCGUUUCUUUUUGCAUUACUGUGGUGCUUUGGUGCUACGUAAAUGCCUUUCUAAAAAUAUGUAUCAUCAUUUUCUACUAUUAGUAGUUGCGUGUAGAAUACUUUGUGAUCCUGAACUAUGCACUACCAAAGUCAACUAUGCAAGACAAUUAUUGAAGAAGUUUUUUGAGCUUCUUCCUUCAUAUUAUGGAACAGAUUCACAAGUGAUGAAUAAUCACAACCUAAUUCACUUGGCAGACGAUGUGGAACACUCAAAAAUUAAUUUAUCUAAAAUUUCAGCAUUUCCGUUUGAAAAUUGUCUCGGUAAAAUCAAACGACAGAUUGUUGGAAAAAAUAAUCCUUUGGCUCAGUUGAUUAGAAGAAUGUCUGAACAGAAAACAUGUCCACUAACAGCUAAGAAGAAUGCUAUACAUAAAAAAAAUUAUCUUACUGUUAACCCUGACAUUUUACAUACAAAUAAGAACAAUGUUAAAAGUGUUAUUUUAAAUGGAGUUAAAUUAAGUAAUUUUAGACCCAAUAAUGUUGUUUUACUCAAAUCAGGUGAAAUUUUUAAUAUAUUUAGAAUAAAAAAAAAACGGGAAAGUAUUUGUUUGUAUGGGUUUACAUUCAGUACUAUCUCAGAUGUUUUCAAAUAUCCAUGUAAUUCAACAGAAGUGGGGAUCAUGAAAUUGGGUAAAUUAUCAAGAAGGAAAAAAAUUAUUCCUUUAGAAAAUGUACACAAAAAAUGUGUCUUCUUUGAAAAUGGCCAUAGCAGUUUUGUAGUUACUUUUCUUCAUAGUUCAUAA